AUGGCCGACGAUAAACCAACCACAGAAUCAUCAAGCAGCAAGAUACGAUCAAGCAAGAAUGUAACUGUUGCAUUCAAACUCAACGGAGGAAAUUACCCGUUGUGGUCGCGACUGAUGAAAGUCGCAAUCGGGAGUAGGGGAGGCUACUCUCACAUAACUGGAAAACCAGCCCCACCAGCGCCGGACAGCAAGGAGUACGAAGAUUGGGAGGAGACCGAUCUCAUCGUCUUCUCCUGGAUCGUGGACAACAUCGAGAACAAUAUAAUCGCGGAUUUUGCCCACCACCAAUCUGCCCAAGCACUCUGGGAGAGUCUAGCCACCACCUAUGAAAGUGAGGCGGACCUCUACCUCGUGUACGACCUGGAGGACAAGGCGAACACGAUUAAACAGGGAGAUAUGGACCUCGAGACUUACUAUCGAAAAAUCCAUGGGAUGUGGAUCAAUAUCGAUCGGUGCCAAAAGCAACCGAUCGACUGCUGCGACAAAGGGGUAAGCCAAUUCCGAGCAUACUCAAACACCAAGCGAGUGCUUCGAUUUCUCGCUGGACUGAAUGAGGAAUACGAGGGUGUUCGUCGCGACAUCCUCAAAGAGGUGACACCACCUCCAAUCGAAGCCGCGUACAGCUUGGUGAAGAAGGAGGCGGCCCGACGGAGAAUCGGACCACCAAUGUCCCUCAACAACACCACUGACAACAGCCAUGGAGGAACCGAUCUAGCAUCUGGAGGAAUUGGCCACGGCCUUGCAGCACAAGGACAGAGACAACCUCAUCGGGCCGGGAACUCACGACCAACGGCCACCACACACCGCCCGGGAAGCAAACCGGUGGACAAGUCCAAAUUGUGGUGCUCUCACUGCGGAAUGCAGAAGCACACCCGAGAAAAUUGCUUCCAAUUGGUGGGAUAUCCCGAUUGGUGGGAAGAGAAGCAGACGGGAAGGGCCAAAAUGGCCGUCGGCUUAACCAUCGGGAAUGAGACGAGAAAGUCGAACUCUGAGAAAUGGGAAGCACCACCAAAUGGGCGAGGGAAGCAGAAGGAAGGGAGACCAGAAGCCUCCAGCGGAGGCGGCGGCGGAGGCGUCGUCGGAGCCGGUAAUUUCGCCGAGAGGCGGAACUGGAACGAGAGAGGGAACGGCGCCUCGUCAAAUAGAGGAUAUUCGGAUGAGGAGGAUACUUGGGCGUGGCACUGA